AUGGGGUUGCCAUGGAAGCGGUGUCAUCAUAAUCUGUUGACAGCUUCAGCUUUCUCCCUUGCUUCCACGCACACAAAUAAAGCUCGAGAAAAUGUCGACCGCCAAAUUCAACCCAACGCAGCUUCUGUUGUCUGUUCUACCAUCAAGAGUCUAGGCUUCAACAUCCGUCUCCCCCAGAACUGCGGCAUUUCAAGACGCUCCCACUGGACCAGGCAGAGAACCAAGAGCUUCACUGUCGCAAUGGCAACUCCUCCCCUCGAAGUUUGCGUCAAAGCUUCCAUCACCAUUCCCAACAGGCUCGGCGACUGUCCUUUUUCCCAAAGGGUCUUGCUGACAAUGGAGGAAAAGCAUCUUCCGUAUGACAUGAAGUUGGUGGAUUUGCGCAAUAAACCAGAAUGGUUCUUAAAAAUCAGUCCAGAAGGUCAAGUUCCUGUUAUAAAACUUGAUGAGAAGUGGGUUUCAGAUUCAGAUGUUAUAACACAGUCCCUAGAAGAAAAGUACCCUGAACCACCACUGCAAACACCGCCCGAGAAGGCUUCAGUUGGGUCAAAGAUAUUCUCGACAUUUAUUGGUUUCCUGAAGAGCAAGGACCCGAGUGAUGGAACAGAGCAGUCAUUACUCAAUGAGCUAAGUUCGUUUGAUGCUUACAUCAAAGAGAAUGGCCCUUUUAUCAAUGGGGAGAAGAUUUCUGCAGCAGAUUUGUCCCUCGGACCAAAGCUAUACCAUCUAGAGAUUGCUUUGGGUCAUUAUAAGAAGUGGUCUGUUCCAGAUUCUCUUUCAUUUGUGAAGUCCUACAUGGAGAAAUUUUUUUCCAUGGAUUCGUUCAUUAAGACACGUGCAGUCCCCGAGGAUGUAAUUGAAGGCUGGCGACCCAAGGUGAUGGGUUAAAAAAUUUAGAUGCUGCUAUACUGUUUUCCAUAGGAACUCUCAGGUACCUAAUGUUGUCUUGAGAAGUAGAUUAGAAGAGGCAUACUGUAAAAUUAAAACUAUUUUGAUACUGUAGACAUGUACAUGUAGCUUUGGCACAUGGUUAAAUAUUCACCUUUCAUCA